AUGGGUUCAAAUUUAGAAGCUAAAUAUCAUAUUUUAACGGAUUUUGGCACUGCACUGAACGGAGUAGCCGACGUUGACCAAUAUGAAGGAAGAGAGAGCGCUGGAGCCGGUCCCGUCGGUCCUACGAUAUUAAGUCCUCCAGCUGUCGGAAAUCAAGACUCGAAUGGAAUUCCUCUGGAACAGUUGAAACAAAUGUUAUCGUCGCAGUUGGAGUAUUAUUUUUCUCGAGAAAAUUUAGCCAAUGAUGCGUAUCUCAUCAGUCAAAUGGAUAAUGAUCAGUAUGUACCUAUCUGGACAGUAGCGAAUUUCAACCAGGUCAAAAAAUUGACCACGGAUAUUAAACUUAUCACCGAAGUAUUAAGAGAAUCACCCAAUGUACAAGUGGACGAAGAGGGACAAAAAGUCAGACCAAACCACAAACGGUGCAUAGUAAUUCUUAGAGAAAUUCCAGAUAGCACGCCGCUGGAAGAGAUAAAAAAUCUUUUUUCAGGAGAAGGAUGUCCUAGGUUGAUUUCUUGUGAAUUUGCGCACAACAAUUCGUGGUAUGUGACUUUUGAAUCUGAUGAGGAUGCUCAGAAGGCCUACAGUUUUCUCAGGGAAGAAGUUAAAGUAUUUCAGGGUAAGCCUAUAAUGGCUAGAAUAAAGGCCAAGCCAAUGAAUAGGCUGCCAUUACCCCCCGUUCGGGGAGGAGGUUUAGGUUCAAUGAAAAACGGUUACCGAACUCCUCCAGGGGCUUUUGAUCCUAAUGCGGGACCCUUUCCAGCUCCACCUUCUAAUCCCGGAGCGCAACAAAGGUUUCUGUACACCAAUGGUAGUUCAAUACCACCUCCUGUUAAUUACGGCAACCAGCAACCCAAUCAGCCUUUUUACCCUCCUGCUAUGCUGCCUUGGGCGACUGCUAAUAGCUGUUAUUAUGACAUUGGAAGUGUUUUUUCUGUGAAUGGGCUGGCCCCACAACAAUCUUUCACAAAACCUACCAACGCAAGAUAUGUGCCAAGAACAAGGGGCAAUAGGAGACCUUUAGGAAAUGAUCGAUCUUCGUUGCCCGAAGCUAGUAAUAGCGGAUUGUCUAGACAUCACAUGACGACUAUGGGAAUGGGCCCUAUGGCAGUUGCAAUGACUGCAAGUGUUCCCGAUUGCUCAGCGAGCAGUUUAAAUAAUACAAAGGUUCAGACUUCGGUGGUUGAGCACAGCCAUUCCAAAAGUCAACCACAUUCGCAACCGUUUAGCGUCUCCCACGUCCACCCUCACACAAUAAACGAAUCAAUAGAAUCGGUCAUGACGUCACGUCUCUCCGAAAUCCAAGAUAAUAUUUAUAGGCAAAAUAAAGACAAGUCAGAUGCAAAUUCUUCUAGUAGCGACAGACAUAGAAGACGACGAAAGGAAGAUGAAGCUAUUAUUUCAUUACAAUCACAGCAGCAAAACAAUCCUCGCCUGGCCUCCUCGAUAGCUGGCUCGAAUAAGCAAAAUUUAUUCUCUAACAAUUCGCAACCGCCGGCCAAUCAAGGGCAAUUCGACUUAGAAGCUAAUGCCUUUCCUCCCCUGCCCGGCAUCGAAGCGGGUACUAGUACAGUUGCUAAAAGCGUGCCAGUGGAAGUCGUAACUCCCGCUGAAAAUAAUUCUCAUAAUUCAUUGUAUGAUGGCAAUUAA